CCUUAAAGGCGAACUCAAACGGUUACGAGGAAAAGCGGCGGAUGACUUUAUCAUAAUCUGACAACAAACAGAAAAUCUGCUGUUUUGAGACACUUGUGUUAUUAAUCGCAACACAGGAAAGGCUUAUCGCCGAACCGCUCCCGUUAGAAUCAAACCCUGCUCAGUUUAACUCGCGUUGCGCUGUAAUAAUCGAUAUUAAAGUGAGUGUGUGUGUGUGUUUGUCCUCGCUCAGCUCCGCGUCAUGUGCGCAGAUCUGGAUCUUUCUCCUCCGGAGGUUCCCGAGCCCUCUUUCUUCGGGGGUCUCCUGCGUUAUGGAUUAUUUCUAGGAGCCAUUUUUCAGCUGAUCUGUAUUCUAGCUCUAAUCAGACCCACGAGCCACGGACAGGUGGAGACGCCGGAGCCGGCUCACGCUCGCAGCUCUGAGCAGAACCGAAAGCCGAAGGGACCUGUUCAACAGAUCCGACAGAAAGUGAAAAAGGAGAGCAAGAAGAAGAGAUAGAGAGUGUGAGCAGUGACUCUCUCUGUGUGUGUGUGUGUGUGUGUGUGUGUGUGUGAUAAACUCACUAAUGAUGGAUUAAUUUACAGCAUUAGAGGACGUGGAUCUAAUGAGAGAUUUUUCAGUUCAGCCAUUACUUCAUCUGGUCUGAGUUUGGAUUUUGCCAUGUCUUUCAAACCAAGUGUUUUUUGUUUUUGUUUUUAUGUCAAAUUAUGUAUAUAUAUCAUUGUUUUUGAGUAAUCUUUGGUGUUGUUUUUUUAUGCCAAUUUUAAAUGCAUUAAACUGAAUAAACUGAUGACUAUUUAU